CAGGUGCAAGCUGUGCAGGACCGGGUUGCGAGCCGUGCAGGACUGGGUGCCAGCUGCGCAGGACCGGGGUGCCAGCUGCGUGGGACAGAGGUGCCAGCUGUGCAAGACCAGCAAUGGCUGCCCAGGCCUCCCUCCCAGCCCUCAUCCGCAAGAAGCGGGAUGGCGAACAGCUGGAGGAUGAGGAGAUCCAGAGCUUUGUGCGCGGUGUGACAGAGGGCACCGUGCAGCAGGGCCAGAUCGGCGCCAUGCUGAUGGCCAUCCGGCUGCGGGGCAUGGAUGCGGUGGAGACGCUGGCGCUGACGCGGGCCAUGGUGGCCUCGGGCCGGGUGCUGGCCUGGCCCCCCGCCUGGGGGGGGCUGGUGGUGGACAAGCACUCGACAGGUGGUGUGGGGGACAAGGUCAGCCUGGCCCUGGCCCCUGCCCUGGCUGCCUGUGGCUGCAAGGUGCCCAUGAUCAGUGGCCGGGGCUUGGGCCACACAGGGGGCACGCUGGACAAGCUGGAGGCCAUCCCCGGCUUCUGUGUCUCCCAGAGCCCUGAGCAGAUGCAGAGCAUCCUGGAGCAGGUGGGCUGCUGCAUCGUGGGGCAGAGCAAGGAGCUGGUGCCAGCUGACCGGGAGCUAUACAGCCUGCGGGACGUCACUGCCACCGUGGACAGCCUGCCCCUCAUUACAGCCUCCAUCCUGAGCAAGAAGGCGGCAGAGCGGCUCUCGGCGCUGGUGCUGGACGUCAAGUUCGGGAGCGCAGCCCUGUGCCCCACGCAGGAGAGCGCGCAGGAACUGGCCCACAGCCUGGUGGUGGUGGGCGAGCAGCUGGGCAUCCGCACUGCGGCCGUGCUGAGCCGUAUGGACGAGCCGCUGGGCCGCUGCGUGGGCAGCUCGCUGGAGGUGCUGGAGGCCCUGGAAUGCCUGGAGGGGGGGGGCCCCCCCGACCUGCGGGAGCUGGUCACUGCCCUGGGCGGGCUGCUGCUGUGGCAGUGCGGGCUGGCCCCGGCGGAGGAGCAGGGCCGGCAGCAGCUGGCGCGGGUGCUGGAUGAUGGCUCGGCCCUGCGCACCUUCGAGGCCAUGCUGGGGGCGCAGGGGGUGCCCCCCAACAUCGCCCACCGCCUCUGUGCCGGGAGCCCCCCGGAGCGUCGCCAGGUCCUGGGGCAGGCAGGCACCCUUGAGGAGCUGCCCGCACUGCGCGGAGGCUGGGUGCAGCGGGUGCAGGCCUUGCCGCUGGCCCACGUCCUGCACGAGCUAGGGGCCGGCCGGGCGCGCGCCGGGGACCCCGUCAACCCCCGGGUGGGCGCCGAGCUGCUGGUGGCCGUGGGGCAGCGCCUGCGGGCAGGCGAGCCCUGGUUGCGGGUGCACCACGAGGGGGCGCUGUGCGCUGCGGCGCGGCGGGCGCUGCAGGCCGCGCUGUGCCUGGCCCCGGGCCCGCCUCGCGCCCCGCCGCCCCGCCUGGCCGCGACCAUCCUGCCCGCCGGGGCCCCGCGCCCCCGCUGACGCCGCCGCCGGGGGGCGCCCUGCGCCGCACCGGGCCGGGCCCGCGGCCGG